ACCAGCGGCUUCCGGAAGUCCUCUAAAGCUUUGGUAACUAUAGAACGACUGGACCAAUGCGGCGCUCCUUCCGGUUUCGUGCCUGCUCGCAGAGUUCUUCUUUGCCAAGUUUCCCUUUGACCCCGGAAGUGAGGUCUUUCGCGUUCCUCCCUCCCCCAAGAUGGCAACAGCCGAAGACGAGCUGCUGCUGCCGCGGCUCCCCGAGCUGUUCGAAACCAGCAAGCAGCUUCUAGACGAAGUGGAAGUAGCGACUGAACCCACCGGUUCGCGAGUGAUCCAGGAAAAGGUGUUCAAGGGACUAGACCUCCUUAAGAAGGCUUCCGAAAUGUUAUCGCAGCUCGACUUGUUCAGCCGAAACGAAGAUUUGGAAGAGAUUGCUUCCACCGACCUGAAGUACCUGAUGGUGCCAGCAUUUCAAGGAGCGCUCACCAUGAAACAAGUCAACCCCAGCAAGCGUCUAGAUCAUUUGCAGUGGGCUCGAGAACACUUUUUAAACUACUUAAUUCAGUGCCAGUACUAUCAUGUGGCAGAGUUUGAGCUGCCCAAAACCAAGAACAACUCAACUGAUAAUGGCACUGCUAGUUCCUCCAUGGCCUAUCCUAGCCUCGCUGCUAUGGCAUCGCAGAGACAGGCUAAAAUAGAGAGAUACAGGCAGAAGAAGGAAGUGGAGCAUAGGUUGUCUGCACUGAAAUCUGCUGUGGAAACUGGUCAAGCAGAUGAUGAGCGUGUUCGUGAGUAUUACCUCCUUCACCUUCGAAGGUGGAUUGGUAUCAGCUUAGAAGAGAUUGAGAGCAUUGACCAGGAGAUGAAGAUCCUGAGAGAAAAAGACUCCUCACCAGAGGCAUCAACUUCUCAUUCAGCUCGUCAGGACAGACCUCCAAUGAAACCCUUUGUUCUCACACGGAAUGUGGCCCAAGCCAAAGUAUUUGGAGCUGGUUAUCCAAGUCUGGCAUCUAUGACGGUGAAUGACUGGUACGAUCAGCAUCGGAAAUAUGGAGCAUUACCAGAUCAGGGCAUAGCCAAGACACCACCAGCAGAGCUCAAAAGAAGUAUUCAGCAACAGGAAGAUCAGGAACAAAAGGAGGAGGAUGAGGAGGAUGAACAAGCUCUCCACAGAGCUCGGGAGUGGGAUGACUGGAAGGACACCCAUCCUAGGGGCUAUGGCAACCGACAGAACAUGGGUUAGCCCUCCCACAACAAGACCAAGACGGGACUCCAGGGGUCACAUCUUCCCCUCCCCAGGCUCCUGCUUCAGCUGUGUACAACAAAGGCAAAAUAAAGUGUCAAACAUUAAGUGUGUAUCUGUACCCUAGGUGAUGAGCCAGCAAUCUUGUUUUAGCAUUCUCCUCCUCAUCAUGGUGUAUUCAGUUUCUGAAGUGGAAAGAAAAAGGUACUACGAAGUGGCUCUGUAUAAUCAAUAGCUGUAUGAAUUCCAUUAAAAAUAGUAGUAAUAAAAGUCCCCUAUGUUACAU